UUUUGUGUUGCUCCGGCUUCGGAUUUGCAAACUCAUUAGUAUGAAUUCAUUAGAGUGUCGGCACCCAUCGCGAACGGACAACGACGCUUAAUGAUGUCAAAGGAAAGCAGCCUGGAAACUUGCGAACUUACUCUGCCCGUGGGCCAAAUUAAGGGCGUCAAACGCCUUAGUCUUUACGACGAUCCCUACUUCAGCUUCGAGAAGAUCCCCUUUGCGAAGCCCCCGUUGGGAGAACUGAGAUUUAGGGCCCCCGUGCCAGCAGAUCCGUGGAGCGGCGUUCUGGACUGCACCCACUAUGCAGAGAAGCCAACCCAGAGGGGCUUACUGACCCGUGAAAUCGAAGGCGGCGAGGAUUGUCUGUAUCUGAACGUCUAUUCCAAGCAGCUGAAAAGUGAGAAGCCAUUGCCGGUGAUGGUGUACAUUUAUGGCGGGGCCUUCACCGUAGGAGAGGCCACCCGCGAAUUGUACGGCCCGGACUAUUUUAUGACCAAAGAUGUUGUUCUUGUGACGCUUAACUAUCGCGUGGAUUGUUUGGGAUUCCUAUCGCUCAAGGACCCGAGUCUGAAAGUUCCCGGAAACGCAGGACUCAAGGACCAAGUGCUAGCUCUCAAGUGGGUCAAGCAGUACAUCUCCAACUUCAAUGGCGAUGAUAGUAAUAUUACGGUAUUCGGAGAGAGCGCCGGAGGUUGCUCCACCCACUUCAUGAUGUGUACGGAACAGACCAGGGGACUGUUUCACAAGGCCAUUCCCAUGUCAGGAACAGUGCACAACUACUGGGCCAAUAAUCCGGCCGAAGACUUUGCCUUUCGCCUGGCUCAGCAGAAUGGUUUCACUGGCGAAAAUGACGACGCCAAGGUACUGGAAUAUCUCCAAGGAGUUCCGGCUAGAGAUUUGGUGAACCAUAAUUUGCUAACACCCGAGCACCGGAGGAACGGUCUGCUCUUCGCCUUUGGACCCACUGUGGAGGCAUAUGUGGGUGAGGAUUGCGUGGUGCCCAAACCGCCAGUAGAGAUGGCCCGAGAUGCGUGGUCCAACAAUUUUCCAGUCAUGUUGGGUGGAACCUCCUUCGAGGGUCUUUUCAUGUAUCCAGCCGUGUCGGCCAAUCUCAAGGCAUUGGAUAGCCUAAGCCAGGAUCCCACCAGGCUGGUGCCGGUUGAUGUGCGUACGGUCAGUAGCGAGAAAGAGAAUCUGGAGUACAGCCAGCGUCUGAUGAAGGCCUACUUCGGAUAUUCGCCACCCAGCUCAGAGCUACUUUUGAAUAUGCUCGAUUUUUAUUCCUACAAAAUAUUUUGGCACGGCUUUAAUCGCACCUUUAACGCCAGACUUACCUAUGCAAAAGCACCCACAUAUUACUAUCGCUUCGACUUUGAUUCGCCGAACUUCAACUUCUACCGGGCUAAAUUCUGUGGAGAUAAAAUUAAGACUGGUGUGGCCCACGCCGAUGACCUGAGCUAUUUGUUCCGGAACGCGGGCUCUUGGAAACUGGAUAAGACAUCUGCGGAAUAUCGAACUAUCGAAAGAAUGAUUGGCAUUUGGACGGCAUUCGCUGCGACCUCCAAUCCCAAUUGCCCAGAGAUUGGCCACUUGGAGUGGAAACCAUCUACCAAGAAUGAUCCCAAGCGUGUUAUUAACAUCAGCAGCGAUGUUACAAUAAUAGAUUUGCCCGAGUAUGAAAAACUACAAAUUUGGGACAACUUGUAUAAGCCAAAUCAAUUGAUCUAAGCAUGCAAAUAAAUUUCCAUGCAUUAAUGUUCACUAAAGUACUGCUUUGCAUAACUUGCUAAUUUUCAAUUUUAAAUUAUUUACCAUUUAAGAUUUCUAUGAUCAUUUUCAAAGUACAAGUAUAAGUUUGGUUGUUUUUUGGUUGAACUAUAUAUAUACAUAUAUUUGUGAUCAGAAUUCCUAGCCAAAUCGAUCUUGUCGAUGUCCUCUUCCUUUAAACAUCGGGAUAUAGGGAACUAAAAGAGCUCAAUCAAUUAAAAAAGGCAUUCCGCCCACAAUUUUAAUAAAUAUUUCAAUUUUCAUAUUAUUUAUAAUGGUAUAAUUAUGGUAAGACUUUAUACAAUGUAUGCAAAAGUAAUUUCGAGUAUCAGGUAGAAGGAUACUUUUUGGCCCUAUAAUGUAUGUAUUUUCCUGCCCGGGAUUACAAGGCCGAGUCGAUUACCCAUGUUUGGCUGUCUGGCCAUGUGAAGGAUUAGGACUUACCAGCUAUUACCUCUAUGAUAUUGGGAAUGGGUAUAUUAAAUACCAUCUCGGAACCCAACGCUCAGACAACGUUUUUAUCCAGCAGGUAGCAAGGUCCCAAGAGUUUUAUGUUUUACUUUAAUUGACAUUUAAUUGACAGACGACACGCACUGCCGUCAGAACACUGCUAACGAUACAUGAUUGUAACCUGGCCCACAGGAUUUUAUUAAGUGCCUGGAAAUUUGCGAACUAAUGCCAACGGAUUUAAAUAAACGUUUUCACGCAUAUGUUUCUAAAUAAAUUGUU